CUCUUUGACAUGAGCUUGCCAUCCACAACCAAAAGUAGGACUUUUUACUUGUUUAUAUAUUGAUCUGUCUGAUUGCUCUGAGUUACAUUAGUUGCUUGAAUUUUGGAAGAAAAAUGACCAUCCUCGUUGAGAAGCCUGUGCUUGCACUGGAGCCCAAAGAUGUGUCAAACAAAGACGAUUCUGAGAAAGAAAUGGUAGCAAAGAAUGGAUUCUUCGCACCAGAAAUCAAUUCAUUCGGAAACUCAUUCAGGGACUAUAAUGCAGAAAGUGCAAGGCAAAGCACGGUCGAGGAGUUCUACAGGUUGCAGCACAUUAACCAAACAUAUAAUUUUGUGAAGAGGAUGAGAGCAGAGUAUGCUAAGCUGAAUAGAAUGGAAAUGGGGAUAUGGGAAUGUUGUGAGCUCCUCAACGAGGUGGUGGAUGAUAGUGAUCCUGACUUGGACGAACCACAAAUUAUGCACUUGUUACAAACGGCUGAAGCAAUUAGAAAAGAUUAUCCCGAUGAAGAUUGGCUGCAUCUCACUGCCUUAAUUCAUGACCUUGGAAAAGUUCUUCUCCUUCCUCAAUUUGGAGGACUUCCUCAAUGGGCUGUUGUGGGGGAUACAUUCCCUCUUGGAUGUGCUUUUGACGAUUCAAUUGUCCACAACAAGUAUUUCAAGGAAAAUCCAGAUUACAACAACCCAGCUUACAAUACCAAAUACGGAAUUUACUCUCAAGGAUGUGGACUGGACAAUGUAAUGAUAUCAUGGGGGCAUGAUGACUACAUGUACUUGGUGGCUAAACAGAAUGGGACAACUCUACCUCCAGCCGCAUUGUUCAUUAUUCGAUUCCACUCAUUUUACCCUUUACAUACGGCGGGAGCGUAUAAGCACCUACUCAACGAUGAGGAUGCCAAGAGUCUAAACUGGCUUCAUAUAUUCAACAAAUACGACCUCUACAGUAAGAGCAAAGAUAAGAUUGAUAUUGAGAAAGUAAAGCCAUAUUACAUGUCCCUCAUUGAAAAGUAUUUUCCGGCAAAACUCAAGUGGUGAACUUGGAUAUAUUCAGCAUGCUGGAUUCUAGAAAUGGCAAUGGUGGCCGCCGCCGAUAUAUAUAUAUAUAUAUAUAUAUUUAUGUGUGUGUAAUAUAUAUAUUAUGUUUAUAUACACACGCUACAUUAAUUUGUAGUUCUUUGAUGUGUAUGCACAUAAAUAAAGGAUACUAUGGGAGGAUCAUGUCCUCUUUUCAGUUUGUUUGAAAAGAUAUUUACUACAAUUAUAAUAUGUUUUUUCUAUUACUGUAAUGCACGCGUUGCUCUGUAACCAAAAAGAAAUGUACAAGUAAAUCAUUUCUGUUU